AGCGUGCACUGGCCACCCCCACCUCUCUCUUUGGCUUCGUCGUCUGUCUGCCAGUCCCCACUUUGAGAGGCUCCACGUCGAUCACUUUGGGUCCGUGGUUGAAGCCGACGCCGACCAUCAAUCAAGCCACGAAGAACCCAGUCCGACGACGUCGAUACGCAGCUGCUACCAAAACAACCCAGUCCCAAAAAACCAGCACAAACCGCCCACGAUGGAUCCGUUCUCAGCCGAGGGCGAGCUCAUCAACUUGCACAACCACUUCCACCAGGGCCAGUACCAGGACGUGGUCGACUUCGACACGGCGGCGCUGUCGCCCGAGAACGCGCUGCCGGCGCGCGUGCUGCAGCUGCGCGCCCGCGUCGCCCUCGGCCAGGCCGACGACGUGCUCGCCGACGUGCAGGGCGAAGCCGAGCCCGAGCUCGAGGCCGUCGCCGCCCUGGCCGAGCAGGCCAGGGGCGACGCCGCCGCCGCCCUCAAGACGGCCUCGCGCCUCGCUGCCUCGGCCCCCGCCAACGCCACCGUCCAGACCCUCGCCGGCACCGUCCUGCAGGCCGCCGGCAGGUCCGAGGACGCCCUGGCUCUGCUGUCGCAGCACCAAGGCAAUUUGGAAGCCGUGGCGCUCAUCGUGCAGAUCCAUCUCCAGCAAAACAGGACCGACCUCGCCCUCAAGGAGGUGGUCGCGGCGCGGAGAUGGGCCCAGGAUAGUCUCCUGGUGAAUCUGGCAGAGUCAUGGGUCGGGUUGAGACUGGGCGGUGAAAAGUACCAGCAGGCGUUCUACGUCUUUGAGGAGCUUGCACAGGCGCCCGCGACAUCGUCCGUGCGGAGUCUGGUCUCGCAGGCCGUGGCGGAGCUGCAUCUCGGCCGGACAGAAGAGGCGCAGGUAGCGCUGGAACAGGCGCUGAAGAAGGAGCCCGCGUUCGCCGACGCCAUCGCCGACCUGCUGGUGCUGAGCGUCAUCACGGGCAAGGACACCAAGGAACUUACGAGCUCGCUGGAGAAGGUAGACGCCCAGCAUCCGCUGCUCACCGACUUGGCAGAGAAGAGCGACCUCUUUGACAAGGCGGCGACAAAGUACAAGGCCAAGGUGGCUGCAUGAGAAAUGCUAUAUUUUCAGCACUCAUGUUGUUAAUUAAUUAUUAAAAAAAAAGUAAAGUAAAUGAUGAUGAGUAACGGCAAAAAGAAAAAAAGAAUUCUCGCCAAAAGAAAAUCAU